UUAUUUUGUCUGUCAACAAGAGAAACAAGAUUUCCUGUUCUUCAACAGAACAAACAAACUGCUAGUACAAGUUGGAUUUCUUUAACAAAGGAAAUAAAGCAGAGCUUGAGAUCUUUUGAUUUGCUCCAAAAAUAAGAUUCCAAAGGGAAAAGGAGGACAUAACGUGAGUGAACAUCGCACACCCUCAUCAGUCAAAAGAAGAAAGAGAGAGUGAAAGGCAAGUUCUGAGCAGUGGAGGAAAGUAGGUUAGAUGCUCGACUUCACAAACAGUUAUGGAGCUCAUCAAUCACUGACAAAUUCUAACACUAAAACAAUAAGAUCAUAGGAUUAGUUUUUGUCUUCCUGUUCCUCAAUGGCUUCGCAUUCCCAUUUUCUGCUUCUCUAUUUAUUCCUCAUGUCUUCUGUUAUAUGCCAAGUUACAGAAUUCAUCAGCAUAGAUUGUGGAGGCACAAGUAAUUACACAGAUCCAGUAACUGGACUUGCAUGGGUUUCAGACAAUGGCACCAUCAUGAACUAUGGAAAAUCGGCAGAGGUAGAAAUUCCAAACGGAAAUAUGCAGUAUCGAAGACGGCGAGACUUUCCUAUAGACAGCAAGAAGUAUUGUUACACUCUUGGCACCAAAGAGAGACGUCGGUAUCUUGUCCGUGCCACAUUUCAGUAUGGAAUCUUAGGAAAUGGAGAUGCAUACCCCAAAUUUGAUCUCUACUUGGAUGCAACUAAGUGGUCGACUGUGGUAGUAUUGGAUGCUUCAAGAGUGUAUGUGAAGGAAAUGAUUAUCAGGGCUCCUUCAAGUUCAAUUGAUGUGUGUAUAUGCUGUGCUUCAACUGGUUCUCCCUUCAUAUCCACUCUAGAAUUGCGACCUCUCAACCUUUCAAUGUAUGCAACUGAUUUCGAGGAUAAUUUCUUCUUAGAGGUAGCAGCCAGAGUAAAUUUUGGGGCUCUGAGCAAGGAUGUCAUAAGGUACCCGGAUGAUCCGUAUGACAGAAUUUGGGAUUCAGAUCUUGAGAAGAGGCAAAACUACCUUGUAGGUGUGGCCCCUGGCACAGUUAGAAUCAAUACAUCAAAGUACGUAGACACUAGGACUAGAGAAUACCCUCCUGUUAAAGUAAUGCAAACAGCUGUUGUUGGCACUCAAGGGACACUUAGUUAUAGGUUGAACCUUGAUGACUUCCCUGCCAAUGCUCGAGCUUAUGCAUAUUUUGCCGAAAUUGAAGACUUGGGAGCAAAUGAGACUCGGAAAUUCAAAUUGCAGCAACCUUACUUUCCUGACUACAGCAACGCAGUGGUAAAUAUUGCAGAAAAUGCCAAUGGGAGCCACACACUUUAUGAACCCAGCUACAUGAAUGUGACUCUGGAUUUUGUCCUUUCAUUCUCUUUUGUCAAGACCCGAGAUUCUACACAAGGACCACUCUUAAAUGCGAUUGAGAUUAGUAAAUACCUAAAGAUUGAACCAAGGACCGACAGCCAAGAUGUGACUGUUCUCAAUGCCCUUCGUUCUCUGUCUGCUGAAAGUGCUUGGACAAAUGAACAAGGCGAUCCUUGUGUUCCUGCUCACUGGGAUUGGGUUAAUUGCACCUCAACCACACCGCCAAGAAUCACUAAAAUUUCACUGUCAGGAAAGAACCUGAAAGGGGAGAUUCCACCUGAGAUUAAUAACAUGGAGACAUUGACAGAAUUGUGGUUGGAUGGUAACUUCCUUACAGGGCCAAUCCCUAGUAUAAGCAAUCUUGUUAAUUUGAAAAUAGUGCAUCUGGAGAACAACAAACUGAGUGGUCAAUUACCCAAGUACCUGGGUAGUUUGCCAGACUUACAAGAGCUGUACAUACAGAACAACUACUUUAGUGGGGAAAUACCUUCAGGGUUGCUAACUGGAAAAGUUAUUAUCAAUUAUGAACAUAAUCCUGGACUACAUAAAGAGGCAGGGAAAAAGAAACAUUCGAAGUUGAUACUUGGAGUUUCGAUUGGCAUACUUGCAGCACUAUUAGUUGUUCUGAUAGGAAGUUUACUGUUUUUGCGUAAUCUUCAAAGAAAGACAUCUCAUCAAAAAACUGCAGUCCAAGGUAGUUCUUUGCGUGUUAGUGCCAAACCUUCAACUGCGUAUUCUGUAUCACGGGGUUGGCAUAUGAUGGAUGAAGGAGUUUCAUACUAUAUUCCGCUCUCUGAGAUUGAAGAAGCUACCAAAAACUUUUCCAAAAAAAUUGGUAGAGGAAGUUUUGGGACUGUCUACUAUGGCCAAAUGAAAGAGGGAAAAGAAGUGGCAGUCAAGAUAAUGGGUGACUCAACCACUCAUAUGACCCAGCAGUUUGUGACUGAGGUUGCCCUCUUGUCAAGAAUUCAUCACAGGAACUUGGUUCCUUUGAUCGGCUAUUGUGAAGAAGAAAAUCAACGUAUUCUGGUUUAUGAAUAUAUGCACAAUGGAACUUUGCGCGAUCACAUACAUGGUUCUGUCAACCAGAAGCGCUUAGAUUGGCUUGCUCGUCUGCAGAUUGCAGAAGAUUCAGCAAAAGGACUUGAAUACUUGCACACUGGAUGCAACCCCAGUAUCAUACACCGCGAUGUUAAAACAAGCAACAUUCUCCUAGACAUCAAUAUGAGAGCAAAAGUUUCAGAUUUUGGGCUUUCAAGGCAAGCAGAGGAGGAUUUAACCCAUGUAUCAAGUGUGGCACGAGGAACAGUCGGCUACCUGGAUCCUGAGUACUAUGCAAAUCAGCAAUUGACUGAAAAAAGUGAUGUCUACAGUUUUGGAGUAGUUCUCCUUGAGCUGUUAUCAGGGAAAAAACCUGUUUCGACAGAAGAUUUUGGCGCUGAGAUGAACAUUGUUCAUUGGGCAAGGGCCUUGAUUCGUAAAGGAGAUGCGAUGAGCAUUGUAGAUCCUGUCCUAAUAGGAAAUGUGAAGAUCGAGUCCAUUUGGAGGAUUGCUGAAGUUGCAAUCCAGUGUGUAGAACAACGUGCAGUUUCGCGACCAAGGAUGCAAGAAAUAAUCUUGGCAAUACAAGAAGCUAACAAGAUUGAAAAGGGAACUUAUGGCAGUCAAAAACUACAGUCUGGCAGUUCAAAGGCACAAUCUUCCCGGAAAACAUUACUUACAAGCUUUCUUGAGAUUGAGAGCCAGAGCCCUGACUUAUCUAAUGGUUGCCUUGUCCCAGCAGCCAGAUAAUUUUCUUUCCAGCAGCCUUUGCUUAUCUGUAACAUAUACUCUUUACCAUAUUCACAGAUUUUUGUUGUUUUUUGUACUUUUUUUUUAGAUUAAAUGUUACAAUACAAUAAAAUCGAGGGGUCCACAA